CACCGUCCCCCACGCCCACCCCCGGACGCCCCCAGACGUGCGAAUUGAACGCUGUGUCUUUAAGGGGGAAGUGGCACUUUUCGUCUGGGACAAAAUGUCUGCGAGGAGCCGGGAGGCGAGGGGCGACCAUCACGGCGACGACCGGGUGCAGGAAAGCCUUGAAGAAAUGAAGACAGAUAGAACAUACCUCAGCACCUAUUGCAAUCAGGGAUAUUAGUCUGUAGUUUUCUCUUUGCUGUGUCCAUGUCCGGACUUGGCUACUAUCGAGACACUGCAGAAGGAAUGAGAAGUGAAGAGCCCCUUGUGACCAUGGAAGACAGCUGGAGGCCUGAUGACACUGAAGGGCAGAGCGGCCCUUGUCCAGGGCUGGCACCCGCCGCUCCGGGCCAUCUGGGGGCGCCUUACUCCGAAGCCUGGGGCUACUUCCACCUGGCCCCGGCUCGGCCCGGGCACCCGACGGGCACCUUGGCCACCUGCCGGCUGUGCGGGGAGCAGGUGGGCGGCCACCCGGGCUUCCAGGCGUGGACGCGGGCCCUGUGGCGACACCUGAGCGGCGCGCACCUGCGGGAGCUGGAGAAGAGCGGUGCUGGUUCGGAGUAAGGCGCCCCCAGAUGGCCUUUUUUUUUUUUUCCCCCAGAUGGCCCGGAGCGGCGGGUGCCAGCCCUGGACAAGGGGGAACGCGCGCUAGAGCGCAGGCGCAGGGCUCUGCGGCAGGAGGAGCGCGCCAUGGCGCAGGCGCGUCGCCAGCUACAGGCCGAGCGCGAGGCGCUGAGAACCUGGCUGCGAGAGCAGAGCCCGGGGACAGGGAUCUCGGCGCCUUCCUCUCCUCGGCCUCCGCUACUCAAGGAGGACCCUGAUGGGGAUGUCCCCGGCGACGUUAUCACCAAGGUCCUGCUAUAGCGAGGACGCUCUGUGUGCCCGGCAGAGCCCCCUAGAACUUCUUCCAGGAGCCCGGAUCGGGUGCUCAGGAUGGACCACAUAGCAUGAGAUUCACUCCAGCAACCUCGUGGUAGUGUCUUACUUAGGGCUGGAGGCUCUUAAAUUCAGAAGGCUCUCUAAACACCAAAGACUCACCACACCUCGUGCCUUUAUGCCUGGCAGGGAGAGAGGGGCAUGGAAACGAAAAUGAAUUGUUCCCUCCCACCCCCGGGUUCUACUAAUGUUUAAACCUGGCCCAGCACCAAGUUCCAAAAAGGGACUUUGAGUUUCAUUGACUCCCCGGCGCCCUACCUUCAGCAUCAUAGAACCCUGCAUUGAGCCAGUCUCAGAGAGACUCCUUUGCUCCUGUCUGCUCACGUGGUUCAUCCAAGGCCAUGAGCACCUUUUUCCUUAAGUAAUCUCUCCCUGCAUCCGACCCAGUGGAAGUAUAGUCUCCCAUUUCCUGUCAAGUUACUUGCAAGACAUCAUCUGUCACUAGAAAGAGCAGUUCCUUGCCCCACAGGCCCCCCAAAGACCUCCCCCUGAACCAAAGGAGAAACUUGAGGCCACACCUCCCCACCGCCUUCCAGUAUCAACUCCUGUCUCAUUCCCUCCAUUUCUCCAACCUGUUCCCCAACAAUGCCCCUUACCCCUGAAGGUCAAGGAGUCCUUGCCCAUACCUGCCACACCCGAUUCCACUGAUCCCUUCCCAUUGUCAUUGUCACCCAAAGCCAAAUAUUAUUUCCCUCAGCCCUUGUCGCUCUCCUUAAUAUAAUUUUCUAUUUUUUUUUUAAAAGACAGUCUUUAAAGGCUGUCCUGGAACUCACUAGGCAGACUAGGCUGGCCUCAAACUCAGAGAGAUCCACCUGCCUUAGCCUCCUGACCGCUGAGACUAAAGGUGUGCACAGUUACCAAACACAGACGACCUUUGCCCUCAAGUUCUUUUUUUUUUAAUUUGAACCAUCUAGGAAAAAUUUGAAAGGGUAAUAAAAUGAAUAUAUAUAUAUACAUAUAUAUAUAUAUAUAGAAUAUACAUUAUCACAUAUAUAUGACAGGGUUUUUUUUAAGCAUCCAGAUAUAUUUUAGAUUUGUCUGGUGGUUUAUAUGGGCCAACUUCUACAUUCAGUUCCUGGCCCAUUUCCUUGUAGAGCUUAAGUAACUUCGGCAAGCUACUCACUGAGAUAUCCCAGCCUUGACUAUUCUCUCUGGGUCUGGACAUUGAUGCCCAGGUACCUGUUCCAUGACUCUCCCCAUGACUUGCAUAUCCUGCCACCACUGACAACCGAUGACUAGUGUUUUCUGGACACUUAAAGCACACCACAGCUUCUAGGUGAGGUAUUACUACUGUGCCUGCUUCAUGCCCAAGAAAAAUGUCAGCUAGGUGUCUCAGCGGGUAAAGGUGCUUGCUGCCAGGCCUGAAGACUUGGGUUCAGUCAAUCAGGAUCUGCCCCACAUGGUGGAAGGAGAGAACCGAUUCCCACAAGUUCUCUGACGUCCAUACAUGCUCUAUGACAUACCCCCCACACAGUUAAUUCAAUAAAAAUAUU